AUGGACUCCUUUUCGAAUCGAGCGAAUAUGAAGCGUAAACAAUCCAACUCUAUCCUCGGAGCCUUUGGCAAGACUUCAAGAGUAUCAGCCAUACCCUUGGGGUCAAGUUACACCCCGUCCACUGCUACCUCUUCGAAUUUUUCGGAAGAUGUAUACUCGCCGGAUACCCCAUACUCCACACAUGACUCGUCUUCCUCCCGAGCGACGAGUUCAUCGUAUCACCUGCCGCCGUCAGGUGGUGGACGCAGGCAGAGCGAUGCUGCUGGCUCUUUAGCGAGAGAUCAAAUGAGAGACGGAGGGAAGAAGGCCGAUGCGACACUCAUACGGAGACCGGAAGACGUGUUCAAAGUGGUCAAGGACAGGCUUUUUUGCUGGAGUUACAUGGUCCAAUGGUAUCAAGGAGAUGUGCAUUGGCUGAACACGGUGAAGAUAUCUCAGUCAACUCUGGAGACGUAUCUUGGUCCGUCAAGAGUAGACUCUCGAGCACGACACUUCUUCAUGCUUGGCGCGUCAUUGUCCGCGCUGUUCGACAUUGCGGUAGCGGCGGAUUUCCUGAGAGCCCUGCUGAAGCUGUUAGAGGAAUGGGAGACUUUCACAGAGAACAGCGGCGGGAAGGGAGUGAAGAACUUAUUCAGAGGUCCCAGUAAGGGCAGGAAGACACACAGCGGGGGCGGGAUGCCGGAGAUGACGAGCGCCAUGACGGAUAGCGAAUCUCUUUUGCUGAACAUCCACCUACCCUUCUCUCCCGACUUUUUCCAAGUUCAUUCCACCACCUGCUCGAUCAUCCGUGAUCUGUACAAGAAAAUCCUAGGCAUGGUCUUACCCAGCAGACCAGGGACUUCUCCUCCUUCUUCACUCCAGGGUGGACUGGCUAUCCAAUUUUCAUCCGAUUCUGGCUCACUCUUUCAUCCAUCUACAAUUAUCCAUUCUGCCCCUCUCGAUUCAGCACCUCCGACUACAGCUGCGGCAUCCAUUGACAGCGGUCCAAUGUCACCUUCCUCUCAGAGCGUGUCGAGUUAUAGUUAUUCCUUCAUCGGUGGACGGGAUGACAUGUCCUCCAGUCCAAUCAUUGGUGAAGAUCAUUAUGGUAUGGCGAGUGAACUUGGCGAACCUCUCACUCUCAACUCAACCGUCACAAUUGCUACUCAGCAAGACGCUUUUGAAGCCCUAGUGGCCGGUGAAUUACCACCGGAUAGAAUGUUGAUCGGAGAUGGACAAAAGCUUACCCCGGCCUUCAUUGACCUUUUCCUCAAAGUCGACACCAAGCUGAGGAAACACUUCUCCAUUCUUUUGAGAGAAGGUGAUACGCUCGCCCGACGCGUACUGGACGAUGAGCUGGCAGCUCUGACAAUGUCAUUGACCCAUGGACCGCCAAUGAAAUUUGACGUGAUGGCUGGGCUCAGUGCGAAUGGCAACGCAUAUUAUGGCGGUUCAAUGGCCCAUGACGACAGGUAA